CACUGACUUACGAUUAUUAUCUCAGGUAGAAGUUCGCACAAAGAGUAUUGUGAUUUGAUUUAGCCGCCGCUGAAAACAAGUUUCGAUACUAGGGACAUCAUUCGAGCAUUACAAAGCGAAAAUCGAUAGCGUAUAUCAAAAGUUGUUUUCGCGCUGCACUUAUCAGCUGUGUCAUAGGUCUAGGGAUGUUUUCAAAUCAGCACCUUUUUAGAUUACUGACCUCGUAAUAGUUUAUAUUCAGUGAUACGGCUGAAAUUCACUCAGUCACUUCUUGACUUCCAAACAGUUUGUUGGUAAGAGUAUUAGGAAAUAAUAAUAUGUGGACAAUUAAAUUGUCCCUUGUUUUGUUUUGCGGCCUUGCCGCGGCCGUUCAGCCCCCAAAAUGGAGUGAGACCUAUUCGGUUAAGGGGACGAUUUAUAUUCCGUACGCGGAAUUGGAGGAGCCUUUCUCUGCUUGGUACGAUGGACCGAAUAAACAAUCCCGCAUCGACUACUACGGCAACAUGGUUAAAACCUUGCAAAUUCGCAACUUUAAAAACUACGGAACCAGCUUGAAAAUAGCGCCAGUUACCAAUGAGGAAGUAACCAACUCUAAAACUUGCUUGCAAGUUAACGGAACCGCCGAGGCUAGCAUCGAACCACAAAGCAUCUUGCCAGUGACUGAAGGAUUUGAACUUAUAGGUGAAGAGACAAUCACUGGAAUUCAAACUGAAUUAUGGCAAAUGAAUGAAACUAUUGGACAAAAAUUCAACAAAUACUCUUUGUGGGUGUACUACAAAAACAAUCCAGAUGUAGAAGGUGAAAAAAUUGCUGUUCCAGUGAGGUAUGAAAUGAGAGGAUACAACACACUUCUAGGAAGUCAUUAUGAUCACUAUUAUCUUGUCUACAAUGAAUUCAGUGAUGAUGAAAUUCCCAAAGAAACCUUUGAUGUUGAUUCAAACUUGAUAUGUCAAAACUUUCCUGGCCCUGGAAUCAAACACAUCUACACCUUCAACCCGAUGGCAGAAUUCAUCCACCCAACAAAAACCCACCACGUAGAUUACGAAUUCAAAAAGUUCAUCAAAAAGCACGGCAAAAAUUACGCCGACGGUAAAGAACACACACUCCGUAUGGAAGCUUUCAGACAGAACAUGCGUUUCAUUACAUCUCACAAUAGACAGAACAAAAAAUUCACGUUGGCUGUCAACCAUUUGGCCGAUAAAUCGCCCAAUGAGAUCAAAGCUUUAAGGGGUAGGGUUUCCAGUGGCGUCACCUACAAUGGAGGAAAGCCUUUCCCUUACAAGACGACUGAAAAAGUGCCAGAACAAUGGGACUGGAGGCUGUAUGGUGCUGUAACACCUGUUAAAGAUCAAUCUAUCUGCGGAUCAUGCUGGUCCUUUGGCACCAUUGGAACAAUUGAAGGCGCCUACUUUUUGAAAAAUGGCGGUAACCUCGUCAGAUUGUCACAGCAAGCUUUGAUUGACUGCUCUUGGGGUUUUGGUAACAAUGGUUGUGAUGGCGGUGAAGAUUUCCGCGCCUAUCAAUACAUUCAAAAACAUGGCGGUAUCCCAACUGAAGAAUCCUAUGGACCUUAUCUUGGACAAGAUGGUUACUGUCAUGCUGAUGACGCCAAAAAAGUUGCGCAAAUCACUGGAUGGGUGAACGUAACUGCUAACAACGAAAACGCACUUAGGUUGGCAAUAUUCAAACAUGGCCCAGUCAGUGUUGCCAUUGAUGCUAGUGUGCGCACUUUUAGUUUUUACUCUAACGGAGUUUACUACGAUGAAGCUUGUGGUAACAAAGAAGAAAACCUCGAUCACGCCGUUUUGGCAGUAGGCUAUGGUACCAUGAGGGGUGAACAUUAUUGGUUGGUUAAAAACAGUUGGUCCAACCUAUGGGGAAAUGAUGGUUACAUUUUAAUGUCGAGCAAAAAUAACAAUUGCGGUGUCAUGACAACGCCAACCUACGUCACCAUGUAGGUUUUUGGUGUGAUUAUGGCUUUAGGUUAAUUUAUAAAAGCAAUAUUAAUAAAUUUGUGACUGAGUUUUUAGGAUUUAUAUAAAUAAUAAACACAAUUAAAGUUA